AUGCCCUUCAAUACCGCUCUCACCCGUAAGCUCGGGAUCAAGGUCCCUGUAGUGCAGGGAGGCAUGAUGUGGGUGGGCUAUGCCGAGCUCGCCAGUGCCGUUUCCAACGCAGGAGGACUGGGUAUCCUGACCGCUCUUACCCAGCCCACGCCUGAGGAUCUGAGAAAGGAGAUUCGAAGAUGUCGCAACAUGACCUCGAAGCCAUUCGGCGUGAACCUGACCCUUCUGCCCGCCCUCCAGCCCCCAGACUACCCUGCAUACGCUCGCGUCAUCAUCGAGGAAGGUAUCCGAAUCGUCGAAACGGCAGGUAACAACCCUGCUCCCGUCAUCAAACAGCUCAAAGCCGCCGACCCUCCCAUCAUAAUCCUACACAAGUGCACCACGGUACGCCAUGCCAUAUCUGCCAUCAAACUCGGCGUCGACUUCCUCAGUAUCGAUGGCAUGGAAUGUGCUGGUCACGUCGGCGAGACGGACAUUACAAACUUCAUCCUUCUCUCGCGAGCUCGUCAGGAGCUGACUGUGCCUUUCAUUGCCUCUGGCGGCUUUGCCGAUGGCCAAGGUCUUGCCGCUGCCCUUUCCCUCGGUGCUGAAGGUAUCAACAUGGGAACAAGAUUCAUGUGCACCAUCGAGGCUCCCAUCCAUCAAAACAUCAAGGAGUCGAUCGUAAAGGCACAAGAGACGGAUACCGAACUGGUCCUGAGACGAUGGAAGAACACCAGUAGAAUGUUCUCCAACAAGGUCGCAAGAGAUGCCAUCAAGAUCGAGAGAGAGAGCACCACUGGCAAGUUUGAGGAAGUUGCUCCAUACGUAAGCGGAAAGCGCGGCAGAGAAGUCUUCUUGAACGGAGAUCCCGAGCAUGGUGUCUGGACAGCAGGUCAAGUCAUUGGCCUGAUUCAUGACAUCCCCUCAUGCGCCGACCUCAUCACAAGAAUCGAGCGUGAAGCUCUAGAGACCAUCAACAAGGCCAAAUCGUUAUAUGUCGACGAUAUACCCGAGAGCGAUAUACAAGGAAAGCCCAUUCAGGACGCGUCAGCUAACCCUAAGAGUGAGCAUGGCGCCGUGGGACCCAACGAGAACAAUCCCGAGGCCCAGGUUUGGGGUAUUGGCAAGAGUAAACUCUAG